AGGAGCAUGGAUACGGGGCAGUGCAGUAAUAUCUGCACAAACUGAGACUCUCUUCAGCGUUAGAACCAGACCCUCUUUCUCGUGCGCUAGAGUUGCAGCUACAUUUGCAAGGUCAUCGUCAGCGCGCGAUGGGAAAGGGCUGUAAGGUGGUGGUGUGCGGUUUGGCGUCCGUGGGGAAGACUGCGAUCCUCCAGCACCUUCUGUACGGGAAUCACACAGUCGGUUCCGAGUCCAGUGAAACCGUAGAGGACGUCUACGUCGCAUCCGUGGAGACCGACCGUGGAGUGAAAGAGCAGUUGCGUCUGUACGACACCAGAGGGCUGCAAGACGGUCUUGAGCUUCCCAAGCACUACUACUCCGUGGCCGAUGGGUUCGUGCUGGUCUACAGCGUGGACAGUCUGGAGUCUUUUAAGAAGGUGGACUUUCUAAAGAAGGAGAUAGACAAGUCGAGAGACAAAAAAGAGGUGGCCGUCAUCGUGCUGGGCAAUAAGACGGACCUGCGGGAGCAGCGGCAGGUGGAGCAGGAGGUGGCGCAGCAGUGGGCGCGGGGGGAGAAGGUGAAGCUGUGGGAGGUGAGCGUGACGGAGCGCGCCUCCCUGAUCGAGCCCUUCACCGUGCUCACCAGCCGCCUCACGCAGCCCCAGAGCAAGUCCUCCUUCCCGCUGCCCGGCCGCAAGAGCAAGGGCACACCCUCCAACGACAUCUAACCCCGCCGCCAUUCCGGCUCCAGAGCUCCGGAGGGAGAGGAGCCAGCACAUCAUGGAUGGACGGGUGGUGGAGGGCAGCGGGCAGCCAUUCUGGCUCAAGCACUUCGGAGUAGUGAUGGGAGAGGGAUCCCUCACAAACCCCAUACUGGAUGGAGCUUUUGUUUGUUGCCAGUUAACAACUCGAAUGAAACUGUCAAAAGACCUUGCAGUAGCACAACAUUACAGUUGUUUAAGAAGCCUCAGUCUCCCAUCACUAGCUUUUAGAGAUAAAAACGAGCACA